AAAAACGCCAACAGGCACACGAAUAAAGUUUUCAUUUCAUUUUACAAAAGCGAAGCGCAUAGAUCUAGAUCCAGCGCAACGCAUUUUCUUCUAAUUGCAUAUCCAAAUUUUCAAGUUCCAUUUGCAAAAACAGUUUUUUAUUCAUGCAUGUGUGCGUGCGUGUGAUUGUUUGAGUGUGAGGUGCUGCCGCAGCUCACCUUGAGUCCGCUGCCUUUGUUGUUGUUGUAGUGGUGGUGGUGGUGUUGUUAUUGGUGCAGCGUCAUAACGUCGCCGUCGUAUAAGAUAUUGACCCUGAACGGGUGAUUAAUAUAUUUUUAAGCUGAUGUAUGGAAACGCUUGUGUUUUAUUAGGUGAACAAAUGACCACCGCCGCAUCCACAUCGCAAAAUGCGUCGUCGUCGUUGAUGGGCUCCACGGGUGGGGCCGGCAGCGCUAGCUCCACUACACUGACAUCAACGCCCAGCAGCUCUGCACUUCGUGCUCUGGCAAUGGAGUACAAGUCGCUGCUAGAAGAACCAGUUGAGGGAUUUCGCGUCAAGCUAAUGAACGACGAUAACCUGUUCGAAUGGGAGGUUGCCAUAUUUGGACCGCCAGAUACGCUAUAUCAGGGUGGCUAUUUCAAGGCGCAUAUGAAGUUCCCACACGACUACCCGUACUCGCCGCCAUCCAUACGCUUCCUCACCAAGGUUUGGCAUCCGAAUGUCUACGAAAAUGGUGAUUUAUGCAUAUCCAUAUUGCAUCCGCCUGUAGACGAUCCGCAGAGCGGCGAAUUGCCGUGCGAGCGCUGGAAUCCCACACAGAAUGUGCGUACCAUUCUCCUGUCGGUUAUAUCGCUGCUAAAUGAACCCAACACAUAUUCGCCAGCCAAUGUGGAUGCCUCGGUGAUGUAUCGCCGAUGGAGGGACUCUCAGGGCAAGGACACUGAGUAUCCGAACAUCAUCCGCAAACAAGCUUUGGCUGCAAAUGUGGAUGCCAAGCGCGAGGGCGUUGUGGUGCCCAUGACGCUGGAGGACUAUUGCCUUAAGCCCACACCGAAGCCCAGCACAGAGAGCGGCCUGGAUGCCAAUUUCUACGAUGAUGAUUUUGAUUUAGAGACCGAAGAUCUUCCCACAGACUCGGACGAGGAGACGGAUGAAGAUGAUGAUGAGGAGGACGACGACGAAGAUAGCGCUGCGAUUAGUAAAAAUAGUGUUAACAACAAGUGCAAAAACAACAAUGGUCUGUCGAAGUCGGCUGCCGCUGCAGCAGACGAUGCUGAGUCAGCAGACGAUAGCGGCAAGGGCGAGACCACAUAAUGCAGUCAACUCCAUUUGCUCCACACCCUAAACCACAAACACACUGAUCAUGCCCUAGGCGUCUACGUAGCAUUUAAAACAUGUAUUGAGAUCGAGCUAGGAGGCGCCCCCUGCGCUGCUUUAUCAUUUACUCUCUCCCUAACAAUAUUUAAUAUUAUUUUUACAACUAAUGUACAAUUAUAUAAAACUAAAA